AUGAGCGAGCCGUAUUCCACUGAAACUGUAGUGCCACUGAGAGGCUUGUAUCUCGGCUUUGUGGUUACACUGUCAUCGGGUCUUGCUGCGGCCAUGGAAUACCUCUAUCAGCGUGCUAACGAGUUGCAAGGAGAGGGCAAGGCCCUCAUACGCAAUUUCGUUGCGUCCGACCUUGGCAAUACCAAAUACCUUUUAUGGCGCUACAUGCGGUUGGCACCUUUCUACAAUCCCAGGAGACCGAAUGGUCUUUCCGGGACCGACUCCUUCCUUCAGGAUCCCGACAACUAUCUCACGUACCCUUGA